ACAGAGCGCUCUGCGCAUGUGUGAAGUGAGCUGUCUUCAGUGGUUUCGCUCACGUGGAGGAGUGGUUGGGUGUGGGAGACAUGGCCAACGCCAUUUGUAUCCUCACAGGUCACUUCAAUACCUUCGGAGUGGUCUUCUUCAAGACGGACGUAACUGACUGUGUGAUUGUAAAAGGGGAAUUUACUGGACUGCCUCCUGGAAAGCAUGGCCUUCACAUUCAUUGCUUUGGUGACUUAACCAAUGAUUGGAUUAGUGCAGGACCUCAUUACAAUCCAGACAAUGAAAUACACGGUGCACCAGAAGAGAACAACAGACAUGCAGGUGACCUGGGCAAUGUGGAAGUGAAUGAAGACGGUUUGGCCAAGCUGGAAAUGGAGGUGCAACAUUUCCAUCUAACAGGAAUUCAUUCUAUUCUUGGACGCUCUCUUGUGAUUCACCAGAAUGAAGAUGACCUCGGAAAAGUUGUUUUACAGAUGCAAAUUGUUAAGAUAAUAUGACUGGGAGAUGUGUGGGUCUCAUUGUAACAAGGUUUUGAUGAGUUUGGCAUCAGUUGGAGGUGAGGAGGAAAGACCAUUUAAAUAUUAGAAACAAGCACUGCAUCUUGUCCUUGAGAAGCUGACUCAACAUUUCAUUGUUUUCCUAAAAUAGAGCUGAAAUUCUGGAGUGGCUCGUACGGAAACCCAUUGAACAUUUUGGAUUGAUGUGCAAGGUUAAUUGGAGCUGAUCAUAGAACAUUGAUCGAGUGGAAUUUCUUUCUUUUCAGGAAAUCCAACAGCUCCACAGUAGAAGCUGCACCAUGUGAAUUUCUCGAUUGCCCCUUAACUAUGUGAAAUCCAGUGUGUCUCAUUGAUACUACUACUUUGGAAUCAGCCCAAAAUGGAUAUUCUGAAGAUGACCUGGCAGCUCUGAGCUCAGAUGGCUCACUGUUUAUUGUAGCAUAAGACUCCCAAGGACAGUUGAAUGAUACAUAGUCAAAGGAUUAUGAAUUUUGUCAGCCAGACUUGUUUAUGUAAUUUCCUGGACCUGAGGAACCUCUUAGAUAAGACGACAUACCUAAUAUAGGGAAUCUUUAGUGAAACAAAGUUGAGAAGAGAAAAGUCCUUACUCAGUGUCUUAUAAGAUCUGAAAGCUUACAUAGUCAAAAUGAGAACUCAUGGAUUGACAUAAUCCCCCUUUGAUGUCAACUCAGUCUCUUUUCUUACUUAUGGGCAUAUCCUCUUCAAACUUGGUAAUCAUCGUAUCCUCAAUGGGGAAAUUGCUACAAUAGUAUUUCUACUGUGGGUGAGCGUGAAAAAUGUCAGGUUUAUCCAGAGUCAUUCAAUUUGUGAAAGUGAAUUACAAAUCUGGAACUCCUUAAGGCAAAAUAAAAGCUAAUUGUUUGUAUUUUUCUCAUGUAUUUUUAUCUAUCUUAACUUGGGAGUAUAAUAACUAAUAGCAUGUACAUGAUAGAAGUCUUUAUGCAAUUCCUGACAUUUGUAUGUGUAUACAGGUGAAAAGGUGGAUGUAAGAAAUGGCCUCCCUCACAUGGAGCAGAAAUUUUGUUGGAAUUUAUAGAGGAAAUAGAUUCCAUUCAAAAAUCCUUAAAUUUGUAUUAUAUUUCUAAAUUUUACGGUCUAGAUUUUCAGUCCUGCAAUUUUCUCUGUUACGUCAAAUCACAAUCUGGUUAGAAAGAUAAGAACAUCGCCACUAGCUUCUUCAACUACAAAGUCUCACUUAUUCAGUUUUGAACUCUUCCUUCUAAAGCUACUGUCAUGUCCUUUUACGUGUUCUAACCUAUACGUUUUUUUAAAAAAAUAUUCUUUUAAUAUCCUUUCACCUCAAUUAAAUACAGAAAAAAUAAUUCAUUCAGUUAAAUGUACAAAGUAAAAUCUUUUCCUGUGCCUAUUGGCGAGGUAACUAACCAAGAUUAUGCAUUUGUCACAAGGAUACACAUUUUAAAUCCCUAAUUUUUGACAGAAACCAAUGUUUCUUCCAUGUAUUUUCAACUUGACCAUAUGAUGUUUCACUGUUUUUAUCUUUUAUGCUACAUUAAACAAAAAAUAUAACUUAAUACAUUUGCUUACGAGAAAGCAAUCACAGAACAUUUAGUCUCUUUAGACAAUUUAGCUUAUUCAACAAUGGACCUUGGCCAUCUCACCCUCUUUGGCAUAGCUCCAGCAGUUACUGAUAAGUUUAUAAUUACAGAGCCUUUGUUGUGGACUUUGCAAUAUUUUGUGAACCCAUAAAGUACAUAUUUUCAAGCCCACUUGCUUACAAUAAUGAAUAAUAUUUUAUGAGAAUGGAAAGCAAAAAUUUAAAAUGAUCGAUUACAUCAGUUCUUUGAUAGUGUAGGUAAUUAGAUUGUGGAUCUAACAAGGAUGCUUGAGUUUAGUUUCUCAUUUGGGUAUAAAGAAGACAAACUUUCAGCUAUUUAGUACCUUACACAACCUCAGGAGUUUUUAUAGCACCUUACAAGCAACACAGUUCCUUUCUGGACAGUCGUCACAAUUGCAGUGAAAGAAUAUUAUCUUAUGAAUCUCCAAACCAUGUAUUUUUCUUCAGUUUUACUUGAAAGAAAAUAACCAUCUUUAUAAUUUUGCAGUAUUUUACAAUUCUUAUAAUUCUGCUCUGCUGCUCUUACACGUUCUGUUGAGUCUGACUCUACAGCUAGAGAACAAGGAGCCUUAAUACAAGGAGCAUUAAUAGCAUUCAUAAACUUGCAACUGCUGUGAAAGAGACAGGAGGGGAAGAUACAUUCUGUAUAAGUCUUAGCUGUUCAAGAUCAGAAUUUCAUACCACAUCCUCACUUGCAAAGUGGGCAUCAAAAACUUCUGUUUCAGAAAAUAGUAUCAAAAAUAUGACACCUGUUGCAACAGAGCUGGACUCCGGUCUUUGGAUUAUCAGUAGCUGUCAAGGUCAGUCUUGUGAAUUUCUGUCACAAGGUCAUUCCAACUGUAACAGGUAACAUCAGCAAGACAACUCAGUUUAUUGAAGCUAUGUACUCUCAGGAGAAUUACUUCACUUUCUUCACCAUGAAGCAAGGACAGCAGGUUUGAAGAACCAGGAUUUUGCAAGGAUUCCAAACCUUCCAAGAAUGCCCACUGUAUCCUAGCAGUAACUGUGGUGCUCCGUCCAGUGCCACUGCCGUUCUUGUAGGGUUAGGUCUCAGCACUCAUUGCACUUGUUGAAAACAGACUGCAAAUAUCAAACUGAUUUCUAUCGUCUUCUUCAUGGUUUAAGUCCACUUUGAAUUCCUAGUGAGGUUGCCAGAACUGGCCUCAGACAUUUCACCACAAUGGGCUUUCCUGUCAUGUUCACAAAGCUAACCAUGAUGUAUCCUCUACUGUAUAUGACAGUAAUAUAAAAUAUUACAUUCUAAUCUAUCAUCAUAAAUUAUCAAUUUGAUUAUAUAGGAACUAUCAUAGAGGAUUUAUUGCAGACAAUUUAGCUUAUUUAAUAUGAUCAUGGCAUGUGAAUUUCCUUGGAACAGAGGAUCCUUGAUUAUCCGAACAAGA